AUGACAACCUUUCUCUCCCUUCUCACUCUCCUUCUUUCUCCUCUCCUCUCUCAGUUUGCUCGGGUGUGGAUCCCUGAUGCAGAUGAGGUGUGGAAGUCAGCAGAGCUCACUAAGAACUACAAACAUGGAGAUUCCACCCUACACCUCACACUGGAGGAUGGAAUGGACAUUGAGCACAAGCUGGAUGAUAAGACAAAGAACCUUCCUCACCUCCGGAACCCUGACAUCCUGGUGGGGGAGAAUGACCUCACAGCUCUUAGCUACCUCCACGAGCCGGCCGUCCUGCACAACCUUAAAGUCCGCUUCACCGACUCCAAACUCAUCUACACAUACUGUGGUAUUGUGCUGGUGGCCAUUAAUCCCUAUGAGAACCUUCCCAUCUACGGUAGUGACAUCAUCAAUGCGUACAGUGGCCAGAACAUGGGAGACAUGGACCCUCACAUCUUCGCUGUGGCUGAGGAAGCUUACAAACAGAUGGCCAGAGAUGAGAGGAACCAGUCUAUAAUCGUAAGCGGUGAGUCGGGAGCAGGGAAGACUGUCUCAGCUAAAUACGCCAUGCGCUACUUUGCUACGGUCAGUGGAGCAGCUACAGAGGCCAACGUAGAGGAGAAGGUCCUCGCAUCCAACCCCAUCAUGGAGGCGAUAGGAAACGCGAAGACGACUCGUAACGACAACAGCAGUCGUUUCGGGAAGUACAUUGAGAUCGGCUUCGACAAACGCUACCGUAUCAUUGGAGCUAACAUGAGGACAUAUCUACUGGAGAAGUCUAGAGUGGUGUUUCAGGCGGACGAGGAGAGGAACUAUCAUAUCUUCUACCAGCUGUGUGCGUCCUCCCAUCUACCAGAGUUCAAGAAUCUGAAGCUAGGUAGUGCUGAUGUCUUCCACUGCACCAAUCAGGGCCGGAACCCAGUCAUCGAUGGAGUCGACGAUGCUAAAGAGAUGUGCACAACACAACAUGCCUUCUCACUGCUAGGCAUCAACGAGUUGAACCAGAAGGGGCUGUUCCAGGUCCUGGCUGCCAUCUUACAUCUGGGCAACGUGGAGAUCAAGGACCGAGACUCUGACAGCAGCAUCAUACCUCCCAAUAACCGCCACCUGACGGUGUUCUGUGAGCUGAUGGGCGUGACCUACCAGGACAUGUCUCAUUGGCUGUGCCACAAGAAGCUGAAGACAGCCCAGGAGACCUACAUCAAGCCCAUCCCUCGGCUGCAAGCCUCCAAUGCCCGCGACGCGCUCGCCAAACACAUCUACGCCAAAGUCUUCAACUGGAUCGUGGACCAUGUCAACAAAUCUCUACGCGCCACUGUCAAACAGCACUCCUUCAUAGGAGUCCUGGAUAUCUAUGGGUUUGAGACGUUUGAGAUCAACAGUUUUGAACAGUUCUGUAUCAACUAUGCUAACGAGAAACUGCAACAGCAGUUUAACAUGCAUGUGUUCAAGCUGGAGCAGGAGGAGUAUUUGAAGGAGCAGAUUCCCUGGACUCUGAUUGACUUCUAUGAUAACCAGCCAUGUAUCAACCUCAUAGAGGCCAAGAUGGGGGUACUCGACCUGCUGGACGAAGAGUGCAAGAUGCCUAAAGGUUCAGAUGACUCGUGGGCCCAGAAGCUGUAUAACACCCAUCUGAAGACCUGCUCUCUGUUUGAGAAACCUCGCAUGUCCAACAAAGCCUUCAUCAUACAGCACUUCGCUGACAAGGUGCAGUACCAGUGUGAUGGCUUUCUGGAGAAGAACAAGGACACAGUGAAUGAAGAGCAGAUCAAUGUCCUGAAGGCCAGCAAGUUGGACCUGCUAGUGGAGCUGUUUCAGGAUGAGGAGAAAGUGACCAGUCCAACAGGGACCGCUCCAGGAGGUCGAACACGACUCAGCGUCAAACCAAAAGAGGUCAGAUCUGGAGCAAGCAGCAAGGAGCACAAGAAGACUGUUGGCUGCCAGUUCCGGAACUCUCUGGCUAUGUUGAUGGAGACUCUGAAUGCGACCACUCCUCACUAUGUUCGCUGCAUCAAGCCCAACGACCUCAAGUUCCCCUUCACGUUUGACCCUAAGCGAGCGGUGCAGCAGCUCAGAGCCUGUGGUGUUCUGGAGACCAUCCGCAUCUCAGCCGCAGGCUUCCCAUCCAGAUGGACCUACCAGGAGUUCUUCAGUCGUUACCGGGUUCUGAUGAAGCAGAAAGACGUCCUGUCGGACAGGAGGCUGACCUGUAGGAACGUCCUGGAGAAACUGGUGCAGGACCAGGACAAGUACCAGUUUGGUAAGACUAAGAUCUUCUUCAGGGCUGGUCAGGUUGCCUACCUUGAGAAGCUGAGGGCUGAUAAGCUGAGGAAGGCGUGCGUCCGUAUCCAGAAGACCAUCCGCUGCUGGCUGGUACGCAAGAAGUACCUCCGAAAGAAGCAUGCUGCCAUCACCAUCCAGAGAUACACCCGCGGACACCAGGCCCGCUGUCUGGUUAAGUACAUGCGUCAGACCCUGGCAGCCAUCACUAUCCAGAAGUUCCAGAGGAUGUGUGUCCAGAGGAAAGUGUACCUACAGAAGCAGGCUGCUGCUCUGGUCAUGCAGACUAUCCUCAGAGCGUACAUGGCCCGACAGAAAUACCAAGGGUGAGAGAUGCAUACAUUGCUGCGUAACCACAAAGCUGUGUUCAUCCAGAAACACGUGCGUGGCUGGCUGGCCAGACAGCGGUACAAGCGCUCCCUGCGAGCCAUCGUCUAUCUGCAAUGCUGCAUCAGGAGGAUGAAGGCCAAGAAAGAGCUGAAGAAGCUGAAAAUCGAGGCCCGCUCCGUUGAACAUUUCAAGAAACUUAACGUUGGCAUGGAGAAUAAGAUCAUGCAGCUGCAGAGGAAGUUAGACGAACAGGCUAAAGACAACCGUGUGACUAGCGAGCGGCUGAACUGUCUGGAGACGUCCCAUGCGGUGGAGAGUGAGAAGCUGAAGGUAGAGGUGUCUAAGCUGAAGGGGAUAGAAGAGGAAGCCAAGAACAAUGCCAACCGUGUCACUUCCCUUCUGGAGCAGCUGGAGAGGCUGAGGAAGGAGCUGACCACCACCCAGAAAGAGAAGAAGACCAUUGAGGACUGGGCUACCAAGUACAGGGAUGAGAUGGAAAAGAUGGUAGCAGAGCUGAAGCAGCAGAAUGGUCUGCUGAAGACCGAGAAAGACGACCUGAACCGAAUGAUCAAGGAACAGAGCCAGCAGAUGACAGGUACCAACCAUUCUGCAUUAGCGGAGGAGACUCAGCAGUUGGACCUCGAUCUGAACUCUUGAGGAGAGGUCUCCCCAUCUCAGAACCUCCUAACAGAACACCUGAGACUGGAGGAAUCUCCUCCACCUCCCCUUUCCUUCAAGGAAGAAAUCACUCUUCUCCAGAGCGUGCCCAAGCCCGGCCACAGGAGAACAGACUCCACCCACAGCAGCAACGGAUCAGAGUGCACCUACAACUCAGAGUUCGCCGAAUCAGAAGAAAGUUCCCGACAUGGAGAAGAUGUGACCCGGGGCAUGGACACGUCUCUGACUCUGAAGCUGCAGAAGCGCGUAACCGAGCUGGAGCAGGAGAAAUCCUCUCUCCGCAACGAGCUAGAAAACAAGGAGGAGCAGUUCCAGCGGGCUAGAGUCAGGGAUGAUGAGGAGCAUAAGAAAUCACGUGGAGCAGAACUGGAGUACGAGUCUCUCAAGCGCCAGGAGCUGGAUUCCGAGAACAAGAAGUUGAAGCACGACCUGACCGCCAUGAGGCAGAGCCUGCUGGGUAAUGCAGGCGCUGGGGCAGGGGCACCAGGAAGUCCACCCUACAAAGUUCUCAUGGACCAACUGAACUCCUCGUGCGAGGAGCUGGAGGUGCGGAAAGAGGAGGUGCUGAUUCUACGAUCUCAACUGGUCUCACAGAAGGAGGCCAUGCAGCACAAGGAGACGAUGACGGAGCCAGUGCACUAUGCAGAGGAUGUCCAUAAGAUGAAGGACUCUGGUGCAAUCACUCAGGCUUAUCUAGGACUCAAAGAUACCAACAGAUCUCCCAGGUUCUUGCGUAAACCACUAGAAGCCAAUGAGCUCCUAAAUCGGCUCAGACUGUUGGAGGGCCAGAUGCAGCAGCAGCGGCGUAGCUAUGACAACGAGGUGGAGGUGUUGCGAGGGGAGUUACAGAGUGUUAAAGAGGAGAAUAACCGUCAACAACAGCUGCUGGCCCAGAACCUGCAGCUCCCACCAGAGGCACGCAUAGAGGCUAGUCUACAGCAUGAGAUCACACGACUCACCAACGAAAACCUGGAGAUGCUGAGGACUGAGGAUCCAACAGCAUAUCGCAGCGCCAAAGUCAACAUAUUACGACGGAUGGUUGACCUCAUGGAACAGCUGGAGAAGCAGGAUAAAACUAUCCGGAAGCUUAAGAAACAGCUGAAGGUGUUCUCCAAGAAGAUUGGAGAAAUGGGAGCUGGCCAUGUUGAGACUAUAUCUCCGGGUCAGAUGGUUGAAGAGACGGUCCGUCCGGUGAACAUUCCUCGUCGCGAGAAAGACUUCCAGGGAAUGUUGGAGUACAAGAAGGAGGAUGAGCUGAAACUGGUUAAGAACCUCAUACUGGAGUUGAAGCCUCGUGGUGUAGCGGUGAAUCUGAUCCCAGGCCUGCCAGCCUACAUCCUCUUCAUGUGUCUGAGGCAUGCUGACUAUGUCAACGAUGACCAGAAGGUCAGGACGCUGCUCACAUCCACCAUCAACAGCAUCAAGAAGAUACUCAAGAAACGGGGGGAUGACUUUGAGACAGUCUCCUUCUGGCUGUCCAACACCUGCCGCUUCCUACACUGUCUGAAACAGUACAGCGGAGAUGAGUCGUUUAUGAAGCACAACACUCCUAAGCAGAAUGAUCACUGCCUGUCUAACUUUGACCUGGCUGAGUACCGGCAGGUCCUCAGUGACCUGGCCAUUCAGAUCUACCAGCAGCUCAUCAAAUGCAUGGAGAACAUCCUACAGCCCAUGAUUGUCUCUGGUAUGUUGGAGCAUGAGACCAUCCAGGGUGUGUCGGGGGUUAAGCCGACCGGUCUGCGUAAACGGACAUCGAGCAUCGCUGACGAGGGAACCUACACGCUGGAAUCCAUCUUACGCCAGCUCAGCGCUUUCCACUCCACCAUGUGUCAGCACGGCACCGACCCUGAACUAAUCAAACAGGUUGUGAAGCAGCAGUUCUACAUCAUUGGAGCUGUGACUCUCAACAAUCUACUGCUGCGUAAAGACAUGUGCUCCUGGAGCAAAGGCAUGCAGAUCAGGUAUAACGUGAGUCAGCUGGAGGAGUGGCUGCGUGACAAGUCUCUGAUGCUGUGUGGAGCCAAGGAGACUCUGGAGCCUCUGAUUCAGGCUGCUCAGCUGCUGCAAGUCAAGAAGAAGACUGACGAAGACGCCGAGGCCAUCUGCUCCAUGUGCAACAGCCUGUCCACAUCUCAGAUUGUGAAGGUGUUGAACCUGUACACUCCAGUCAACGAGUUUGAAGAGAGGGUGUCUGUUACCUUCAUACGAACCAUACAGACUCGUUUGCGGGACCGCUGUGAGACUCCUCAGCUGUUGAUGGACACUAAGAUCAUCUACCCAGUCACCUUCCCUUUCAACCCCUCCUCUCUGGCCCUGGAGACUAUCCAAAUACCAGGCUCCCUCAACCUAGCCUUCCUUACCCGCGUCUAACACACACACACACACACAUACACAACUAAUAGAUAGGCUAUACAUAUGUACACAUGCAUACACAAAGCAUUCUCUUCCUAACACAUCCAAACACUUACAUAUAGUGCACACACACAUACACACGCUCA